UAGAGCGUCAGUAUAAGUUGAAUACAAUGCGGCGGCCAAUUGUGAAGAGAGACUAUGACCUCUCUACUAAAAAAGAUUGGUCUUGGUUUCUGGUGAUUGAGAAACAUGCUGUUUUAACUGAAGUGAGGGGUUUUGAUGAUCCACAUAUUGAUAAAACAAGAUGUUUGCAGAUCAUCAAAAAGCUUCUGUAUCUUCUCAAUCAGGGCGAAAUAUUCACAAAGAGUGAAGCUGCAGCUAUACUUUCUUCUGCGGUUAAUCUAUAUCAUUUUGAAGAUGUUCAUUUGAGAAGAAUGUUUCACCUAAUUGCAAGGGAUCUAUGCCCUAUUGCAGAUGAGGUUCCUCUGGUCACUAGUUCGUUACUUGAAGACGUCAACACAGGCAAUGUGGCAUAUCGGGCAACUGCUAUCUGUUUGCUUCGUCUUAUUACAAAUGACACAUCCUUAAGCCAAGUUGUGAAAUUCCUCGCUAAGACUCUUUGUGACGACAAUCCUAUGCUUCAAAUUGCUUCCCAUGUGUGUGCAAUCAAUCUGGUAAAGGGAGAUCCAAGGAUGGCCAUCACACUCGAUCAAGCAUACCCUAGCAGAACUGCUUACCCUGAUGGAAGAGAUUCAUUUCCAUGCCACAUACCUAGAAUUUGUGAUGGGACCAGCACGUCAUCGAGGAUGCAUUUUCUGGAAAACGGAGAUACAUUAUUCUUCUCCUUCUUCUACUUCGUUGUUGGAGUCUUACAUUUUGACUCGUUGUAUUUUCCAGGUAUUGCAUUGUUUCUAGUCUUAAAAUACUACCUUCGUCCAUAAAACGACAAGUUUUACUA